GACAGCAUCAACCCUAGGUUCACACCCAAGCGUUUUCCGAAGCGGUUUGCAGAAAUGCAGUACAGUCCAUUUAACAUGAUUUCCUAUGGGACACGUUCACAUCUCCACGUUUUCACCCAGUGCAUUUUUUUGGGAAGAGUCAGUGACUUUUUUGAACGCAAAAAGUUACUUCAAUGGAAACACAGCAAAAACCCCCAAUGUAGUGGGUUUUUGCUGUGCUUUUCCUGCAUUUUGAUGCAUUUUGCAUUUUUUGCCUAGCAACAAGAAAAAAUUU